AUGAAUCAAGAGCAGCUUGAAGAGUAUGAUGCUCUCCAACUGAUAUAUCCAGAUAUCAUUACAAAGAUAAAUGACACCUCUUUUGAUAUCACAAUAGAGUCUGAUUCUAAUGAAGAAUUCCCAUGCGGGGUCAAGCUUUCUAUAGUCUUAACCCCUACAUAUCCUCAAAAGCCUCCAAAAUACUCUUUAGUUUCUCUCUACAAGCUGGAUGCAAGCGCUCUUUCAUCUUUAACACAAAUUGUCAAAGACAUAGUAGACCGAGACUUAGGAAAUCCUAUGAUGUUUGAUAUUAUAGAUGGAACUAGAGAAUGACUAAACAGCUAUAAACUUGUCAGCGAAGCUGAACCCAUUGAGAAUCCUGCCAAACCGAAAGAAAAAUCUAAAGAAAAAUCAAAACCUAAAAGAAAAUCCAAAGACAAAUCAAAGCCUGUCACAAGAAAUGUUCAGGACUUAACCUGUAUCAGUUUUAGUGACUUUGAAAGAAAAGAAUACAGAAAAAACAGAAACAAAAAGAAAGCGCCUCCUAAGCCAAAACAAAAGCUAGGUUUUAAAAUGCUAAAAAUUGGAGCUGAGAUAAAAGAAGUCAAUGAAAAUCAAGAAGUUGAAGAAGAAAAAAUUGUGACAAAAGCCAAAAGGACACCAAAAAUAGUCACUGAAAAGCCAAUUGAUAAAGAAGCUUUAAUUGUAAAAUUGAAAGAAGCCUCAGAAUUAGCUGAGCCAAGUGUAAAGCCAGCUGUUAAUGUUUUAUUUAUAGGACAUUUAGAUUCAGGCAAAUCUACUAUUUGUGGGAAUUUAUUAUUAAUGACUGGGAAUAUUGAUCAAAGAACUUUAGAAGCCUAUGAACAAGAAGCAAAAGAAUAUGGCCGAGACGCCUGAUGCCCCGCUUAUAUAAUGGACCAAAACCCAGAAGAGAGACAACGUGAUCUUACCAUUGAGGUCGGAAAAGCUUCUAUUGAAACUUCUACCAAGCGGCUUUCUAUUCUUGACGCCCCAGGCCACAAAGCAUUUAUCCCUAAUAUGAUAGAAGGUACCAUUCAUUCUGACUAUGCUGUACUUGUGAUUUCAGCCAGAAUCCAAGAGUUUGAAAACGACUUCGACAAAUCUGGGCAAACUCGAGAACAUUCCUAUAUCGCUAAAGAGAAAUCAAAUGGUGACGUUGACGGAAAGUGAGCUCCGAGGCGCCCAUUAUGAUGAAGCUGAAAAGGGCAUCUGUUCCUUUUUGAACUGGCCUUCAGGCUUGGGAAUGCCUUGCCAAAAAGAGAAGUUUUACUUCUACCAUAAGGUUUUGCUGUCCCUUAACAUUUUUGCCUACCAAAUGGUCUUUCCUUGUCAGGAGCAUCGGGGCAUCUCACAAACUAUGGCUCUGCCCAAGGGAGCUGAUCUCCUGGACAGAUGGUUCAGGUCGGAAACCCAAAAAGACGAGUUUUUGGAGUCAAGGUGGGGACGACUAGUAGUUAGAUCCACACUUAUGACCAGAAUAAUCAUUUUACCUUUAACUAUAUCGCAAAAUGGCUAGGAAUCAGCAAAUUAAUCAUCCUUAUCAAUAAAAUGGACGACCCAUCUGUAAAUUGGUCUCAGGAGCGCUUUUUCCAAAUACAGUCUGCAAUGUCACAAUUUUUGAUAGAAAAAUGUAAAUAUGAGCCUGAAAAUUUAAGCUGGAUUCCGACUGCAGGGAUUUCUGGACUAAAUAUAGUGGAAAAAAUAAAUGGCUGGUAUCAAGGCCCGACCCUUUAUGAGAGCCUUGAAACUUUAAAUGUACCUGAAAGGGCAAAUGGGAAUGCACUAGCUUCCCCUCCCAUAAGCAAUCAAAAUAUUUGUUCUCUCGGGUGUGAGGUUAAUUUUUUAUUUUUAAGAGUAAUUUUUUUAUCAAAAUUAAAAAAAAAUCCCAACUUACAAAAAUUGGAAAGCAAAAAUUUUUAUUUGUAAAAUUAAAUGCAAGCUGCUUGAAAUUUAACAGAAUUCGCUAGAGAUUUCAUCAACCAAUUAUCACUUACAUAUCAAAAAUAUUUUUCAUAAAAAAAUUUUUGUUUAUUCACAGAGGGCUUUUUUUUCAAAAAAUAGGGAUUAAUAAUGGUAUACUAUGGAAGAGGAGUAAGGAUACCUAUAUUAGAUAGGACAAAGGAUCAAGGCAUAACUGUUUUUGGCAGAAUUGAAAGCGGGCAGGUGGUAAAAGGCUUAAAAGUGAUGGUAAUGCCUAUAAGAGCAAAAGGAGAAAUCAUUGAUAUUAUUGACCCUGACGAAAAUUACCUUAUGUAUGCAAAUUCUGGGGAAAUCGUAAAAAUUAAGCUAAAGCUAUCAGAAGAAAUCAACGUCCAGCGUGGGUUUAUUAUAUGUGAUAUCCAUGACUACUCUAAAUCUACAGACGAAAUUGUUGGAGAUGUGCAGCUUUUAGACCUUUUAGACGACAAACCUUUGAUUUCUUCAGGCUACAGAUGCUUAAUUCAUGCACGCGCUGCAUUUGAAGAAUGCGAAAUUUCUGAAGUUAUAGCCAAAAUUGUGUAUUAUUUUUAUUCUAUAGUAAAAAUCCUAUAGAGAUUUGAUUAUUUUUUACUAAAAAUUUUCCAAUAAACUUUUUACUGUCAAAAAGUGCAGAUCAAAAAGCAUCAUCCAAAAUUGACGAAAAAAAGGGAAAAAAGCUGAGAAUUCCUUAUGCAUAUUCUAAUCAAAGGGUAAUUAUGAGAAUAAGAAUUGAUGACGAGAUAGCUGUCGAAUUAAGCUCCAAAAAUAACCAGAUAGGAAAAUUCAUAUUAAGGGAUAGGGGCAAGACCAUUGGGCUCGGAAAAGUUGUAGACGUAGAAGAUACAGAAGCUGAAGAAGAUAGGUAG